CAUUCAGAUUGCGCGAUUCAAAUGAAUUAAGUCACCGCAGAUACAGCCACGCAGAUAUAACCUGACUCGUUCACAUUGCAUGAAUAUAGUGGAUAUAGUACUUCAUAAGAUUUAAAGCAAGUGAACGUCUACAUUUAAACACAUUGGUUAUCCAGCUUCGUAAACAGAUGAGACGUUGUCCCAAAGUUGAGGAAUAUAGAUUUGUGGGCUAGAUUGAACUUUACCGGUACGCAGUUGUUUACCACUAUCGACAAAGCGGGGGUUUGUGGGCGGUAGCCCCCGAUACUAAGGAAAUAUAUAGGAUAAAAAGGAGUUGUGUAUUAAUAAAAGUAUACACGUGAUGUUUUUGGAUGUUUUCCAGAUAUAAUGUAUUAUAAUAUUAGAAGAAACUUGUUAGGAAAUAUGAAGACGAUAAAGAUUCUGUGCGGAUUCGGUGUUGCAUUGUUAGUAUUAGUAUAUGCUUUAGUUGAUGUGAAGUUGAACGAGAACAGAAUGUUCACUCAAUUGUUCCGACAGGUUACCGCCGUCCCCGAUUUUCUUGACUGGAAUUCGGUAACGCAGAACAUGUCAGCGUUGGGCAGGUGUAAACUCGUGACGGCGCCCCAAAGAACGCCGGUGGACCUCAGAAUCAUUGUGAUCACGUACAACCGGCCGAAAGCGGCCUUGCGGCUUCUUGACUCCAUCUCUAAAGCGCACUUUGAAGGUGACUCGAUACUGCUCGAGGUCUGGAUAGAUAUGUCCAGGAACGGAAAAGUUUCACAAGAAACCGUGGCAGCUUUGAGUAACUUCCGGUUCUCAUCCGGAGAGUGUCAUAUACACGUGCACAAAGAACAUGUUGGAAUAACCGGUCAGUGGUUACAU